ACGUGACUUACUCCGGCCGCAGCCCCCUCGGAAGCUGCUAGGCGGAAGUAGACUUUCAGAACGGAGCUAGGCGAUUCCGAGUCCACAUCCGGGAGAGGAGAGGAGAGCGGAAGUGGCGUUGGUCUGGCCGGAGCCUCUGGGUGAAUUCGUUAGGCGUGGAGAGGGAGUGAUGUCUUCCAGACUUGGUGCAGUACCCGCUACCCCGGGACCCACAUCCUUUAAGCAGCAGAGGAGCACGAGGAUCGUGGGAGCUAAGAAACUCUCCUUUGAGGUGUAUAUCUUGUGUCAUACUAGUAACAGAACCCCGUGCUCCAUAAAGGAUAAUAGUUUCCAGUACACUAUCCCUCACGAUGACUCCUUAAGUGGUUCAUCAUCUGCCUCUUCAUGUGAACCAGUGAGUGAGUUUCCAGCAUCCUUCCGAAAAUCUACCUACUUGAAGAUGAGAAGGAUCAAGUCAGCUACUACUUCCCAUGUUGAAGGGUCAGGUGGAACACCAACCAAAGGAAAAAGGAAACCCAGGCAGGAAGAAGAUGAAGACUGUCGAGAAUUUCCUCAGAAGAAGCAUAAGCUUUAUGGGAGGAAACAACGGCCUAAAACUCAGCAGAACCCCAGAUCCCAGACUCGUCGCAUUCGAAAGGAACCACCAGCUUAUGCAGCAGGCAGUUUGGAAGAGCAAUGGUACUUAGAAAUUGUGGAUAAGGGCAGUGUCUCCUGUCCUACCUGCCAGUCAGUGGGGAGGAAAACCAUAGAAGGUUUAAAGAAACACAUGGAAAACUGCAGACAGGAAAUGUUUACCUGUCAUCAUUGUGGGAAACAGCUUCGUUCACUGGCAGGGAUGAAGUAUCAUGUCAUGGCAAAUCAUAACAGUUUGCCCAUUUUGAAGACUGGAGGUGAACUAGAUGAGCCGAGUGAGAGGGAACGACUCCGAACAGUUCUAAAGAGACUAGGAAAGAUCAGGUGCAUGCGUGAGAGUUGCUCUAGUAGCUUCACCAGCAUCAUGGGAUAUAUGUACCAUGUCAGAAAAUGUGGCAAAGGGGCUGCAGAGCUGGAGAAGAUGACCCUGAAAUGUCAUCACUGUGGGAAGCCGUAUAGAUCGAAGGCUGGUCUUGCGUAUCACCUGAGGUCAGAGCAUGGUCCUAUCUCCUUCUUCCCAGAGUCAGGACAGCCAGAAUGCUUAAAGGAUAUGAGCCUGGAGUCAAAGAGUGGGGGCCGAGUUCAAAGGCGUUCUGCCAAGAUUGCUGUGUACCACCUUCAGGAGCUGGCCACAGCAGAACUGGCCAGAGAAUGGCCGAAGAGAAAGGUACUUCAGGACCUGGUACCUGAUGAUCGGAAGUUAAAGUAUACCCGCCCUGGGCUACCUACCUUCAGCCAGGAAGUACUACACAAAUGGAAGUUAGAGGUCAAGAAGUAUCAUCGCAUCCAGUGUCCUAACCAGGGUUGCGAGGCUGUCUACAGUAGUGUAUCUGGCCUUAAAGCUCACCUGGGCUCUUGCACAUUGGGAAACUUUGUGGCUGGAAAAUACAAGUGUCUUCUGUGUCAGAAAGAAUUUGUGUCAGAGAGUGGUGUCAAGUAUCACAUCAACUCUGUCCAUGCCGAGGACUGGUUUGUUGUAAACCCAACAACAACCAAAAGCUUUGAAAAGCUGAUGAAGAUAAAGCAGCGGCAGCAAGAAGAAGAAAAGCGGAUGCAGCAGCACAGGAGCAGAAGGUCUCUAAGAAGGCGGCAGCAGCCUGGUGCUGAGCAUUCUGAGACAGAGCUGAGUCUUAGAGUAGGGAAGGAUCAGAGGCAGAGUAAUGAGCAACUGGUAGUGUCGACCUCCUGUAAGGAGCCAGAGCGGGAGCCAGUGCCAGCACAUUUCCAGAAAGUAAAACCCUCAAAUACUCAUCAUAAACGAGGGAGGAAAUAGGCAGGCAGUGUGAGUGCACUCCUGGGAGGGUGAAUGCUUUAGCUCCUGGAUUCUGUGAUGGGGACCUGUGCUGGGAGGACUGAGUCUUGGGGGGGCUGAGCGGAGAGAAAUGUACUUUUUCGGUUGUUUGUGACUUUCUCAGCUUCUUCCUUCUGUGUAGAUUUCCCUGUUUUCCCUACCCCCGCCUUUCCGGUAGGUUUUCUUGCUAUUCCUUAUUGGAGUCCUCUUGUUUUUCUGACUCUUAUCUUGCCCAAAGAGCUCCCUCUUAAGGCCAACUAUAGGCCUCUUUUGCCCUCUAUAAAACUAAGAAAUCUUUUUGGUGUUCUUUCCUUCCUGGAGUGUAAAAUGUUCUUGGAAGCUCCAUUGAUUUAGUAGCCACUCCAUCAUCUAGCUUAUAAAACAAUUCCAAACUAAUUUUUAAAACCAUAACUAAUUUAUCAUUUUGCGUUUGUGAUAUAGUAAGUCUAGAAGCUAGAACUGUUAUCAUUCAUGUAAUAAGGUUACCCCAUCUCCUUGGGAAACAAAUUUUAUGGGGGCUUUUUGUUACAGUUUUAACAACCCAGUAUGGUUUUAGAAUAGAAAGUAAGAAAAUGGACUUGGUUUGAAAAAGUUAGAACUGCCCUACUCUGGUUAUACUGGGAAAUGCUUUGUUUAUUCUAAGUAGCAGUGACUAACUAGACCACAAGCAUGAUAAGCAGGCUUAAGAGUAAACAUUAAAAUGACUAGAAAGAAGAAAGUAGAAGAAGCAAUAAAUACUGUCUCGCCUUUUCUGGGGCUUGAGAUCUCAUGUGUUGCUAUGGUUAGUGCCGUCAUGUAGCCUGCUCCCUUGAUCUUAGGGAUUGAGAACUAUCACAUUGCCCCUGAUGUUUUGGCACAGUGCUCCUGGUGAUACACUAAUAUUGGCAAGGUACACAUUCCUUCUCCCCUGGACUUUACCUCACUUGCUAGUCUAAACCCCCAAGGUCCUCAUCUAUCCUUUUAGCCCUCCUCUUGUCUCUGAAAUUUCUGAGAAUAUUGCCCUUCUAUGAAGUUCUGUCCUCUUUAUGUCCUGAGACUUUGAUACCAGAUGUAGAUAUUUAUGUGGAGCUGAAAAGAAAAAUUCUUUUUCUGUACCUCAUGCCCACCUGGUUUUGUCUAAUGGGCUGUUUCUCUUGGAUGCUGUCUUUCUCUGAAACAUCGGUUAUAGCAGCUUUCCUGUCGUGCUUCUGGAUUCUCUUCCCCUUUUUCCAUUAAUAUUGAUCUUAUAUAUUCUUCCCUAUUUUUGUGGCAUAUGCCACAUAAAAAAUAAGGGACCAUUAACCUUGAUAAGGACAUGUACUACCUUUUCAAAUUCUGAAAGGCUGUUAACCAUUCUUUAACUCUCUGUCCUUCUUUGCGCUUCUCCACAUAGCUUUAAGACGUGGGCUUUUGUGAAGACCACUUUCAAACUAGGGAGCAUUGAAACCUGAUUUGGAUACUGCCAGAAUAGGUAGUUUUGAAACAAGUGAAGUACCUGGUAUAUCCACUCUACAUUUUCAUUGGCAAUUGUGUCCUUAAAGCCUUUUCAGAAGAUAAGGUUGCCAGGGAGGAGAAAUGAAGAAGCUAUGUUAAUUUCUGGUGAGUAAGACUCGGGGAAUGUUUGGCAAUGACAAAAGAAAUAAAUGACUCUUCGUUAGAA